AAAAAGCAAAAUCAAUACAACUUACAAUAUUUAAUUUGGCACAAGAAAAUGUGAAAAUAAUAAUUGAAAAAAGAAAAUCACUAACAAAACCAUCAGAAAAGGAAACCAGAGAAUUUACGGAAACUCAACAUUAUCCAAAAACUCUAAAACCAAAUUCAAAAGAAUACCUUAAAGCAAGAAAUGAUUAUUAUCAAAAAGAACUACCGAACAAAGAAAUGAUAGAACAAAGAAACCAAGAAGAAAUAGAGAAACUAUUAAAAGAAUUAAAAAAUGAAAAAGAAUUCUUUAAAGAAAGUGAAGAAAGACUACAAAGAAAUGAAAG